CUCUGGGUUACUUCUAUUCAAGUCGCCUUAGUUCCAUCCCAUCAACUUAUCUGGUGUCAAGAAGAAAAGCAAUUCGUUGUUUUAUUGAAGUACAUCAUGUCGGAGAAAGAAGAGUUCAUUAAGGCGCAAGUGAAGGAUAACAAGGUCGUUGUUUACUCCAAGACCCGCUGCCCUUUUUGUAAAAAGGCGAAAGACGCGCUGAAGGCUGCCGGAUUGAAAGACUACCUCCUGAUUGAGUUGGACGAACGCGAUGACGGGGAUGAAUUUCAAGACGCCCUUCAAAAAAUUACUGGAGGCAGAUCGGUAAGCUUCAAAACAUUCGUUUCAUUGCGUUUUUACGAGCUUAAGAAAUACACAGUGAAAAUCUGAUAGGAAUCACCUCUCUUCGGAAUUAAAGACUGUUUGAUGCCUCGACCGAAAUUGCAAACUAAUCGUCUAGUCGAUCGUCGAAUGAAUUAUGCAAAAUUAAACGCGCGAACGCCUCUGAAAUAUACUUAUUCCGUCAGUAAGGUAAAUUGAUCACCAAAACGUCUUGAAAAGGGUUGGGUAUUUCUUUUUCGGUCUUUCAAACUCUGUAAGAUGUUUGUGUGUUCUCUUCAGGAAUGGUAUUUUUAGUACUGACGUUUUACAAUUCUUAGCGGUUCGUAAUGAUCGAGCAGUCACGAGUCUUGUAUUCUAUGAAGGGCGAAGAUCUCAUUUUAGUAAGACGUGUGAAGAUCAGGAGGCUUUCUUAUUUUUGUUUUUUUUGAAAAAAAAAAGCUUUGAGUGAAGCAAGAUUUUCUCUGGCCCUACUUCACGACUUUUUCUCUAUUUUUCAGGUUCCACGAGUGUUCAUUGGAGGUACUUUUGUUGGUGGAGGAGAUGAUGUCCAGGUGCUUCAAAACAAAGGACAACUGAAGCCAAAGUUAGAGAAUGCAGGAGCUUUGUAA